UGAUGUGAAUAUUCCUUACAUGACUGGUACAAACUCCAGCUGCAGCAGCUGAAAUCUGAAACAUGGAGUUUAUGAAAGAGGAGAUUGAAGACACGAGUGAUCGAGAACCAUCCAGAAUAAAACAUGAAGAUACUGAAGAACAAACAGACUGGAUAGAAGUAAAACAGCGAAGACAUGAGGUGAAUGAAGUGGAGGAACACCGUAAAAUCAAAACUUCAAGAAAAAAAGCCAAACAGCUACACACCUGCUCUCAGUGUGGAAAGAGUUUCAGAGACAAAGGAGUCCUUAAGAAACACAUGAGAAUCCACACUGGAGAGAAACCAUACACAUGCCCUCAGUGUGGAAGGAGUUUUAUUGAUGCAUCAGGUCUCAGCUAUCAUCUGCACGUUCACUCUGGAGAAAAGCCAUUUAGCUGUGAUCAGUGUGGUCAAAAGUUUAUUUCAUCGUCAGGUCUAAAAAGUCACCUGGCAGUUCAUUCAGAUGAGAAGGCUCAUGUGUGUUCUUACUGUGGAAAGAGUUUUUCACGGCUGGCCAGUUAUAAACAGCAUCAGAAAACACAUAAUGAAGUGAAAGAUCAUGUGUGUUGUGAGUGUGGGAAGUGCUUUACUAGAGCUUGCAAUCUGAAACAGCACCAAAUGAUUCAUACUGGAGAAAAACCUUACAAGUGCUCAUAUUGUGACAAGAGUUUCACUCAGUCUGGAAACCUGAAAUCACAUGAGCGAGUUCAUACUGGAGAGAAGCCGUACUUCUGUAGUCAGUGUGGAAAGAGUUUUACUGUAUCAGCAAAUCUAGUGAUUCAUAUUAAAAAGUAUUGUUCUGUGUCAGAGUGAGCAAAUGUUUUCUACAGAUUCAAUAUUUCAAGUAA